UACACACACACACACACACACACAUAAACACACACACAUACACACACACACACACACACACCUACACACAUACAUACACACACGCACACACACACACACACACACACAGGUUGUCUUACAGCUGAUGGUAAACAACCUGUUCACACGUCACUUCAGAGGAAACAUGUUUCACUUCACAGUUUCCUGCCACUGUUAUUAAACGUAAUUUUACUUACGUUAUUAUUUUGUGUUUUAUUAGGAUAAAACUUGUUUUUGUGUUGAACUCAAUCUGAGUUUCAUAUGAAAUAUAUAUAUAUAUAUAUAUAAGAAUGACACUGGAGCAGGUUUGAUCUGUAACUUAUGAUUAUUAAUAAGAAGUUCAUCACAGUCAGCUGAUGUCAAACAAACAGUUCAACAUAGUGGACAAGGUCAGAUCUUCAAACUUAGCUUAGCACAAAGAGUAGAAGCAGGAGGAUACAGUUAGCUUAGCUUAGCAUAAAGACUAGGAGCAGAAGCCAACUGUAAACAGAUGACCCCGCCCACCAAAAAAUUUGAGAUAUAACAUGUUCAUCAUUGAUCUUUUUUAGCAGAAUUGUGGUUGUUGGCAGUUUCCCCUUGUUUCCUGUGUUUAUGCUACACUAGGCUAGCCUGAUGCUAACCAUGGUAAAGUCCUCCUGUACGGUACAGACGUACGUCAGUUGGCAAUAAAGGGACAGUUCACACAAACUGGACAAACCCAGUGAACUGCUUGACCUCGGGGAGUCGACGGAGCAGCUGUGAAGGUCAGAGACUCUGACACCUGAACAAACACAACGUCAGCAGAUAGUCUCCACCCACCUCCACCUGAGGGCUUCUCUCACCUGAAGACUACAAAUGUUAUAGAGAUGGACGACAUGAUCGCCCCCUGGUGUCUGGCUGCAGUGUGCAUCUCCAUCUUCUUUGUGGAGUUUCAGGCUCAUUUUGGAGCCGACUACUCUGCUACAGCCUGGAUCCACAGCCUGGUGGACUGCACCACCAUGCUCUGUGGUCAGUACUGCAGCUGCACACCAGGGCCGGUACUACUGACUCCAGUACUACUGCACAAGUACUUCACCCAGACCAGGGCCGCUCCUGUCGGCAGCCUGGUUGGUAACCGAUGGUCCUGCCGGGCGGCGGUGAUGCUCGGUGGCCUCCUCUCCUCCUGCGGCCUCCUGCUCAGCUCGUUCACCAACAGCCUGGAGCUGCUCUACUUCACCAUAGGAGUCGUCACAGGUCUGGGUUUCGCUCUCUGCUACACUCCCACCAUCGCCAUGGUGGGCUGUUAUUUCGGGCGGAGGAAGGCGCUGGCGUACGGUAUCGCCAUGUCGGGCAGUGGGAUCGGGACGUUCGUGUUGGCUCCGGCCGUGCAGCUGUUAAUCGAGCUGUACUCCUGGAGGGGGGCGCUGCUCGUCCUCAGCGCCUUCGUCGGCAAUCUCUGCGUCUGCGGGGCGCUGCUUGGACCAAUCACAGUGCGGCAGGAGGAGGGGGUGGAGGUGGAGUCAGCGGGGGAGGAGAGACGUGGUAACGUCUCAUCGCACAACGAUGAACUCGUUGAAAAACUCUCCAAAGAAUCUGAAGAUGGACUUUCCCUGCUGCCGGAAAACCCCACCCCUCAGGUGAAGAAGAGGCGGUGCUUCAGCUCCUGCUUCCUGUCCAGUAAGGAGUACCGCUUCCUGCUGCUGCCGGACUUCCUGUUCCUGGCCAUGUCCUUCCUGUUCCUGGCCAGCGGCUGCAGCCUCCCCUUCGUCUACCUCGUGCCCUAUGCUCUGAGCGCCGGCGUCAGUCACCAGCACGCCGCCUUCCUCAUGUCCAUCCUGGGAGUCAUCGACAUCGUGGGGAACAUCACCUUCGGCUGGCUGACGGACCGCAGGUGUUUGAAGCCGUACCGUCUGGCCUGUUACAUCGUCUCUGUGGCGAUGGAGGGUUUCUGCUGCCUCUUCGUGCCGCUGCUUCGCUCCUUCCCGCUGCUCGUGCCCUUCGCCGUCCUCUACGGAUACUUCGAUGGCGCCUACGUUGCUCUGAUCCCCGUGGUGACAUCGGACAUAGUGGGAGCUCCGUACCUGUCCUCUGCGCUGGGCGUGGUCUACUUCCUCCACGCCAUCCCCUAUCUCGUCAGCCCGCCCAUCGGAGGUUGGCUGGUUGACAUCACAGGAAGUUACACCGCCACCUUCUACCUCAGCGGCGCCGCCCUGUUGGCGAGCUCGCUCAUCCUCUCUACCGUCGCUGGGAUUCGUCGCUGCCGCCGCCGCCACCACCUGACUGAGCAUGAGCCCCUCCCCCUCAGCAUGUCCGACCAAUCGGACUGCGUCAUCGCUUUCAAUAAUGCGGUGGUCAGUCAGGCCUCGUAGCCUCAGAGGAAAGGACCAAUCAGAUUCAUGCGGUGACGAAGGCGGUGACGAGGGCGGUGACGAGGGCGGCGACGAGGGCGGUGACGCAGGCAUCAAAUCAAAUGGAAGGUUUUCAAUCAAUCAAAAACAAACUCUGUUAUCUUAUCGCGACAGGAGAGACACCUGGAACACAGACUUUCUGUCUGGAUAACGAGCCUCCCAUCACCUUCGUCAGCGUGGUCACGUGACUGACAGACGCCUCAACAAACCAGAUUAGACCGGAUCAUUGAAUUGAAUUGAAUCAGUGGAAGAUGGCAACGCUAGCAGACAAGCUAACUUGAUAUGAAUAUGAUAUGAACACGUUUAUGUAAAACAUGUUAUACGUGACAGCGUUUGAUUCGCUCACUGGUCGAGCGACAGCACAGAUGAAUGAGUUCAGUCGUGGAGACGCUCAGUGAAAACUGAAUUAUGUUUAUUAACAAUUGUAAUUAUUCACAGAAGCAAAGUUACAUAUGUAAUGUCAUUGAUCUGUUAUUAAUCUCAGAUAUUAACCUCCGUUAUUGAUCCCUCUCUAGUUCACUUAUUGUUGAUUCUGUUGUUUGAACACUUGAUGAUUUAUGUUUCCAGUGGAGUUCGGAGGAACAAGACGUCUUCAGGUAUUGAUCAGGUCCGUGUCUUCCUGUGACUGUCACAAUAACAGUCACGCUGCUCGUUGAAGCUACUGUUCUACAUUAGAACAUUAUCAGAAAAAAAAAAGUCUCAUUGAUUAAAGGACCAGUCUGUUUCACA